AUGCCGCCCUGGUCACAACUCAGGCUCGAGGGUACACCAGUUCCCAGUGCGUCUACACCAGCACUACGGCUCGAGGGUACACCAUUUUCCAGCGCUUCCGAAAAACCAGCGCUGCGGCUCGAGGGCACGCCAUUUCCCAGCGCUCCCGAAACGCCAGCGCUACGGCUCGAGAGCACACCACUUCCUAGUGCUCCUAAAAAGCCAGAGCUACGGCUCGAGAGUACUCCUAGUGCGCCCAAAGCAACACUACGGCUCGAGGGUACACCCCUUCCUAGUGCGCCCAAACCAACACCACGGCUCGAGAGUACUCCUAGUGCGCCCAAAGCAACGCCACCGCUACGAGGUACACCCCUUCCCAGUGCUCCCACCAACACUAAGGCUGAAAGGGACACCGGUUCAUAG